GUAAACCCACCGAUCUGAUGCUCCACAGAGGCACCAUCCAGUCCAUCUGAGGUGGCAAAAGAUUUGAAUCACAGAUACCGCUAGAGCCUGCUUGAAAAAUGGCCUCCAGGUAAGAGUUGCGAUGAUCCAGACCCGACCCACAGCAGAGAUGAAUGUGUCUGAUGAAUCCUCCUACCAAGAGGAGGUGCUGCUGGGUAACUCUACCUGGGGCUACUCCUAUUAUCAUCAAAACUACACCCUGAUCCCUCCACUAUCAGAGAAGGCUAGCACCUCCAAACCUGCAGCAUGCGAGCAGGUCCACAUCGCUAUCGAGGUCUUUCUGAUCCUGGGUAUCAUCUCACUGCUGGAGAACAUUUUAGUCAUCACAGCCAUAGUGAAGAACAAGAACCUACAUUCCCCCAUGUACUUCUUUGUCUGCAGUUUGGCAGUAGCAGACAUGCUGGUGAGUGUGUCCAACGCCUGGGAGACCAUCAUCAUUUAUCUUCUCAACAACAGACAGCUGGUGGUGGAGGAUCACUUUAUCAGGCAGAUGGACAACAUGGUGGACUCCAUGAUCUGCAUCUCUGUCGUUGCAUCCAUGUGUAGCCUGCUGGCCAUUGCUGUGGACAGGUACGUCACCAUCUUCUAUGCACUGAGGUACCACAACAUCAUGACGGUGAGGAGAGCUGGCUGUAUCAUCGGGGGAAUCUGGACCUUCUGCACUGGCUGCGGAAUUGUCUUCAUUAUCUACUCAGACUCCACUCCUGUGAUCAUCUGCCUGAUCUCUAUGUUUUUUGCCAUGCUGCUCAUCAUGGCCUCCCUCUAUAGUCACAUGUUCAUGCUCGCUCGCUCGCACGUGAAGCGCAUUGCUGCCCUGCCCGGCUACAACUCCAUCCAUCAGCGCACCAGCAUGAAGGGGGCUAUCACACUGACCAUCCUUCUGGGGAUCUUUAUCGUCUGCUGGGCUCCUUUCUUUCUCCACCUCAUCCUGAUGAUCUCUUGCCCACGGAAUCUCUACUGCGUGUGCUUCAUGUCCCACUUCAACAUGUACCUCAUCCUCAUCAUGUGCAACUCAGUGAUUGACCCACUGAUCUAUGCCUUCAGGAGUCAGGAGAUGAGGAAGACGUUUAAGGAGAUCAUCUGCUGUUACAGUCUGAGAAACGUCUGCACGAACAUCUGUGCUUUGACUGGUAAGUACUGAGAAAUAGAAAAGACCAGUGAAAGGAUGGGUAAAGUGAACUGACCGAAUAUGACGCUGGAAUAGAAAUACUACUACCCAAGGACUGGUUCACUGCACUUUUCAGACAGUACAGUGUACCGUCACACAAGCAACUAUUGAAAAGUAUAAGCUGGAAAGGAGACUGGAACAUUGAGUUAUCUCCUAAUGCGUCCACCAUGUACACAAAAAGUUUACUAGAUGCAUUAUUUUAAGGCUUAGUUAGGAUCAUCUAAAGUCCAAGCCCAUGAUUCAUAUUAACGUGCGUCACACAAAACUGUUUGUGGCCUGCUUUUCAUUCUCCCUGACAUUUCUUUUAUCUUUUUUCCUUUGGCCUUUCUUUUUUAAUAGGCAAGAUUUUUAUUCUCUGUUCCCAGAAUAUGUCUGAUGCAGUAGCCAAAUGGAGAGACAGGAUAUUUUUCUUUCAGUGCUGCAAGAGUGCUCAUAUACUGGCUUUAAAUUACAGAACUGCUGCCAAAUGUACACGAAUGUACCCUUUGUUAAUUUAGACGGCUUGAUGUACUUCCUUGAACAUUAACUUCACAUGCAUAAAUUAACAAAGGCAAUGAAGUCAGCAAAAGUUGGGGAAGGUGUGGUAAGAAUUAUCCACAUCCAUAUGUUAGUGAGUUUUGUUUAGUUUUUGGGUUUUUUUCGCUUUUCUUUCAAGCUGUGACUACAAAUUAAAACAGCAAUUUUACACAUCAAAGUUUGUUU